GUUGAAUGUUUUAGGAAGUGUUAAGUAUAGAUUGAAAGACAACAAUUUUGACCCUUUUCCACUGAUGUAGCAUCAAAGAAUGAUAGAAUUAGUGACAUACACAUGCUACAGCAGCUUGAAACAAACUAAUUUUGACAAUUGUUAAUAGUGAUGCACAAUGAUUUUACAAUGUAGAACGGCCUAGAUUUUAGAAGGAAAUUUCAGUGCCUUGUGAUACCAUGAUCAAUUUUUAUAAUUUCAUUUAAUAACACAAAACUUAAAACUACAUAAUUUUAACAUUUACAGUAUUUACCAUAUCAUUUACAUCUUUUGCAGGAUGUUUGUCUCAAAAUUUUCUCUCUGGAUCACAGUAAUAAGGCUAAAGCAGAGACACUUCCUCUUAUGGCUGAGGUAUAACCCAGUAAUAAUAACUAAAAUGAAUUCAUAAUAAUAACAAUAAGAGAUGGUUAAGAAAAUUAAAUGGAUGUUAGUUAGUAAAAGAGAAGUAUACUUUAGAAAGUGUUUAAAUUGUAUCACCAAAAUUAUAAAGAACCUUCAAUACUUUACUGCUUGAGGAUUGGGAGAGUAGCAUAACGGCUAAAAAUUCCCUUCAAAUAUGCUGGAAAUUUGACCUUGAAUGCUGCCAUUUUUGAGUUACCUGUAUUUUUUGAGGCAAAAAAAUUAAUCAAACUUAGUUAUGGAGAAUGUAGGACCUCUCACCACUCAGAUUGGCAGGGUGUGUUACCCUCACCAAUCAAAUUUUUAUGGUAUUUUGGCAGCAACAAUCAGUUUCAUUGUGGCUACCGCUGCCUAGAAGGCAAAGGUACAUAUGUCAUUGAAAUGAGUGAGUGAGUGAUGGUAAUAACAGGUUUGUGAUCUGACCCAGUUUCAACCAGAUGUUUCCUGGUGCUAAUUAUUGUUUGUUUCUUAGUACCUUAUAAGUUCGACAGUCUCUCUUGAUACACAUUUGAGCUCUUUCCUUUAGUGAUUUCAGGCUUAUUGCCACAACUGAAUUAUUUUUUCAGUUCUUGCCAUGAUGCUACAGAAGACAGUGGAAGAUGUUAAACAUCUCACAAUCAUUUCAGGAUUGUAAGAUGUUUAACAUCUCAGUAGAUUUGAUCUGCAUAUCAUGGAAGUUUUGAGGAUUUUUUUUUGAAAAAAAGCAUUUUAUUGUGUGAAUCGGAGAUUUAUGCCCAGAAGAGCCACUAAAGUUGUGAAGCGAGCAAGUUGUGACGUAUGAUACCUUGAUAGGGUGAUGGAAUAGAUAUCAACAAUACAGCGGAGAGCUGGAAUAUCUCAAAACACUGAAUGACAGAAUAUCCUAAAACAUGGAAUGUUUUUUUGUAUGAAACAUAAGUAUCACAAAAUAGAAUUGCAAUAAAAUGAUAAAAUUAUUUAUAAAAUAAUUAGAAUAGUACGCACGCUCUGAUUGGCCUUAAAACCAUUUUACAUGAGUGUAUGUAAACAUGGUUUUCGUUCCUCUUUCAUUAGUUAUUUUUUAAAAGAAAUGUAAAAUGGUUUCCUUGUUUACAUAGCCUGAUGUAAACACUUGGGAGGUUGGGAGAACACUUGAUAAGCUGGAAACCACUCCACUUUGUGUUGUGGUUUCCUACGCUUAUCGCGUCUUCUCCCAACCUCUCAUGUGUUUACAUCAGGCUAUGUAAACACGAAUACCAUUUUACAUUUCUUCAUUAUAACUAACAGACAAAAUUAAAAUAAGUGUAGGUAAUCAUUGUUGGAGACCAGAGGAUUGGGGAACAAUAAGGUUUUUUAGCUAGCCCCUUUGAAUUAUUAUUAUAUUUCUAUUGUUAUAAUUAUUACUUUUAAUAUGAUUACUAAAUGUUACCACUUAAUUAUUGGUUUUUAUGCAGGAUUUCUUGAAUUUUGCUUUUUUUGAAGUGGUGGGGUUUUAAAAUUUUGGCAAUUGUAAAUAUUUGAAAACUAUGUAAUUUUGUAUUGAUGAAUGUGAAUUUUAUUCAACAGAUAUUAGAUGUUAAACUAGAAUUCUCUGUUGUGGAAAAGCUGGAUGUUCCAAAGAUUUUUGAUAAGUAUCCUUUGAGCAAUUUUUAAAUCAAUUUUGAUCCAACUCUCAACAGAAAUUCUGAAGUUACAGUGAUGGACCUGUUGGUUUUUGCAAGUCUCAUCGUUUUUUAAAAAUCAUUUGUUGAAGAUAUGGCAAUUCCAAAUGGAGCUAUAAUCUACAUGUAGGAGUGGUUAAAGAUAGUCAAUUGCAUUUUAGUGUGGUAAAUUUUAAUGCCCACCUAACUGACCACCAUUGUACAAAGUAUGAUUGCAAAUAUUGAAUUUAAAUUGCUGUAUAGUUGUCCUAACAUGUAAAAUUAAUCAAAUCAUAGUUAACCAAGGGGAAAAAGAGUAUAGGACGGCCUUAACGUAGACAAGAUAUUUUGGAGCUUGUAUUCAACCAACCAAACACUCAUCUACUGGUAAACUACCCCAAGGACAUUAUUGCCACUAGCUUUCAAACUUAAGAUCUUGUGCCAAAGUGAUAAAAAGCAAACUUAUUUACUAGCAUUUCUGUUUUUAAAUGUUUUUGUGAGGGGUAACCCAUCCAGAAAAAGGUAGAAGAGAUUUGAUGAAGUGUCCUUGCUUUCUCUACUACUACAAGUGGGAGUAGAGAGGAAAAAUAUAUUAGUUGUAAUUGCAACAGAGGAGACAGUUACCCUACCCAUCAAUGGGAUCUGCAACAUCCUAAACAUCUUGGUGAAACAACGAGACAACUAGAUUCUGAGAACACCUUUGUGGUGUAGAAAGGAAUGAAGGAUGUAUCUGAGCCAGUUGCUAGACAAUUUAAUCUCCCUAAUCAAUCUCAGCAGCAUUUGGCAGUCUGCAGCCUUUCCUAAUGUCUGGGCACUUUGGAAAGCUGCAAAACUGUAGAACAAAAAUUUAUCUUUCAGAUUGGCACUCUUAAUCCCCAUGGUAUCAAUGAACACUUUCAUUCAACUAUUUUAUUCUUGUUUUUUUUGUUACCAUGUUCCCACCAAUACUGUUACUCCAUUUUCUACAUGUAAACACAGUCAUAGGAACCACAAUUCCUCCAUUCAUUGUGAUGAAGGGCUAAUGCUCAAAACAUCAGCUUUAAAACUCUUUACAGUAGCCAAUUUCCAUCAUCAACUCAGGUGAUAAAACCAAGUAAUCUUCUUAUACUCCCCCACAUGGCACCAAAGUUUCUUUAGAAGCUAACCCCCUUUAUUAAUUUUGCAUGUAGCUGUACAUUUGACAACUGGUCAUGUUGGUCAUGAUUGCUUCAGUCCAAGUUGUGAAGUUAUCUUAGAUACUUUUCUCAAUUGUUUUUGCAGUAAAAUACUGGCUGUUUUCCUUAUUGGGGACCAUUGCAAAAGUAUUUCCUGAGUGCAUGAUCAGCCAUUCAGAUGAUCUUGUUAAGCAUUAUGUCAGUGUCCUAAAUUUAGAGGUACCUUCAAGGUUCCUUUAUGUUAUUUUAUCUUUUUCUUUUUGAUUUAUGUUUGCUCAAAAUUGUUAUGCAUUAAAUAUAUUAUAUAUGUGUGUAUAUAUACAUAUAUAACAAUGCACAUACAUAAUACACAUACAUAUGUAUAUAUGCAUUGGAAACAAAUUCUAUAUCUAUUGAAAAAAUGAGGAUGACACAUUUACCAUAGAAGAGUUAGGAGUCCUUGUUUCACUCCAAGUCCUUAACAACAAUAUAUAAUUAUUCUCUUUUUGGGUAUAGAACAAAUUUGUUUUUUUCAGUAUCUUGUGUACAUGGUACACUUUUUCAGAACUUUUACUUAUCUUCUUGUGAGGAAUUUUGGAGAUAAUACAUUUUCUUGUUGGAUUGAAUGCGAUAGUUUUGGGCCUUUCAAAGCCAACUGCUUCUUUUCCACUGAGGUUGCUAUGUUGAUUAGAGAUAUGCAGAGUACAAAUCAAAAUUGUACUUUACACUUUUUAGGCAAAGUAGACUAAUGACUUGGUAGGCUGUUUUAAGGGUUUAUCGCUUAUAGCUAACUCUAAUAGGCUCAGCUCACCUAUGAAAUGUUUUUCUAUCAAUUGAGAGUUGUUUCCAAAUACAGCUGACUUUGACACAUCAGCAUGUAUCUCAUGCUUAGUUACUUGAUGUUCUAUUUCCUUCCUAUUAAAUAAUCACUGAAAGUUAAUUUUUUUCCUCUUUUAACUUUUCCCAAAAUUUGACUGUGACUUUGUACAAUAAUGGGACACAAGGCAUUUAAACCAAGCUGUUGGUGUAAUUUAGCGCUGUUUUGAAAGAGAUUAAAGGUGAUGAAGAAAGGUAAAGAGGUAUACAAGGGUAUACAAGAAACUCAGUUUUUCUGUUUAAUCAAUUAUGAUUGCAGAUGACAAGAAAAACCAAAAAGCCAGAUAUGCUCAUCAUUGCAGGAUGCCUUAGGGGUUUGACAUCCUAUCUUACAAACUUCACACAAUCUAUUUCUGAAGGUAAAUCCGGAAACACUUUGUUGUCUUGCAUAACUCCUUCCUUGCUCUAUUACCUGGAAGUAGUAGUGUGUUUAUAACUUCAAGAGUUACAAUGGGUGGAGCUGUAUUUUUGGAAAGUUUGAGAAGACAGGAGCAUCAAAUGCUACUCAAUAAUGUUUAUCCUUUUUUUCAUUCAGUCGAUAGAAUUCUUGUGCAUACAGCCAGGCAUCUUUUCUACUAUUACCCAAGGACUUUUCUCCUUUUUCUCUUUCUCCAUUCGAAAUAUAAUUUGGAAUGCAGACAGAUAGCAAAGGAUCACCAUGUGCAGCCAAAAUCAGGCAAUGUGUAUGCAAUUAAAAUUCAAGGACCAUGAUGUUUUGCUGCAAAAAACACUCCAGGAGUCUUUUAUGAUGACAUAUUAAAAUUAGCUAUUCAUGCUUUGGCAGGCUAAAGAAUUCAGUUCAAAAAUACAUUUUUGUUAGUAACUCGUGCAUUUUAAUAUUUUACAAAAAUUUUUCUUGAAGCUGUAGUUGAAAUGGUAUUGACUAGUUUGACAUGAAAAAGAAAAAAAUCCAAAAAAUUGGCCCCUGAUAGUCAACUGUAACCUUAAUCAUCAUUUUUUACUGGAAAAUGAGUGCUCAAAUGAACACAUCUUAUUUCCUUGAAUAAGUGCUCACACCUUGGAUGCAUUCUCAUGGAAAUAGGUUAGGUCAAGCUAGGUCCCUCCAAUCCACAUAAGAUAAUCCCAUCUUUCUCAGAAACAGUCCAAUUUUUGCUAUCUAAACUAUUUCAUUAACCACUCUAUGGACCUCAUAUCAAAAUGACAUGAUUUUAAGGAUUGAAUUUAAUGAUUAAUUUCUGCUUUGUUCCAAGGUUCCAAGUAUGCCAAAGAUAUUUACACCUAUGCAAGAAUGGCAAUCAAUCCACAAGUAUGUCCUCUGAAUCUUAUAUUUAAAUAGUGGCUAACAUUGUGGUUACUGUUUAUUAGGGAACCUUGUUCAGUUAACAGUCCCAUUUGUGAGGAAGUGGCAACAGUUAGGAUUACAGUUGUAGUUGUUCGAGGCUUCAGAGACCAAGACUGAGUGAGAAAGUUGGCCAGAGUGCACACCUCACUUUCCUUAAGAUUAAUUUAUGUGAUAUUGAGAAUAUUGUUUUUUAGGUUAGGGCUACCCUUUUAAAAGCGUGAUCUAAGUCUUAGUGUAUUAGGAAACUUUUGGUGUUUCAUGGGGCCAACAUCAGGGUAUGAGUUUGAGAUGGACCUUAAAAGAUAAAGACAGGAUGCUGACUCAAAAAUUGUCCAUAUACCCUGAAACACUGAAUCAAGACAACAGAACAGGACUGUUUUUUUAUGUGUUUGUUGAAUGCUUUCAAAUGAGUUCUGUAUCAGCAUGUGAAAUAUUGACUAGAAUUUAGUGUUCAGGUAUGUCCUCAGAAUUGUAGGCACUCCAUGGACUUUGUUCCAUUUAUCUUAAAUGCUUUUCUUUGCUUUGAGAAUACAUGUACCUUUUGAAUGUUGGGUACAGCUAUUUAAUGGCAGUGCAGAAGUUAUCAGGAGAGUUGGCACUGCCUCUAAGAAUAUCCUGAUGAAAUUUGCUCUUGCAUUUGAUAAGGUGUAUCACUCUUUUAGGCUGCUUAUAAGGAGACCAGGCAGGUUCACAGGUAGUCCUGCAAGAUUUCCUAAGUAAACCAUCAGGUUCAUCUUCCAUUUGACCUCUUAAGUCAAUCACAGACACCCCUUACCUUCUGUUCAAAGAGCAGCAAAUAUUUAUAGAUACACUGCUAUAAAAUGUUCUUUAAAACACCCCAAGAAGAAUUCACAUCGGAUGAUGCAAAGACUUGCUCAAAGUUCAUAGCAUCAAGAUUUUUUCAAAAUAUCUCUGAAUUGUAGUUUUGAUACUUAGUUAGCAUAUACAAUGUGUACUUUUCUGGUUUUCUUCAGGGAUUUUAGUUUCAUGUCAGCAUUAUUGGUUAGAUUUGAUAGCCAGUAGAAGUAACUUAUUUUAUUUCAUUUACUUGUGUUGUUUUCCUGAAAUGUGAUUUGUCCCAUUGUUAUCAACUUACCAGGAGUAAUGCUUGCCUUCAGGGUCUUUACAAAGGGUAUGACAAACUGUGAAAUGUCCAAUCCUAUUUUAUUAUGUUGAUGUUACUUCUAGUGCUAAGUGAGAAAAUGCUUAAAAUCUUUCUAUGAUUUUAGGUCAGUCUUAGUCGCUAUGAAGUACCAAAAGGUAGGUUUAAGUGAACUUUUUAGUUUGUGUUCAAAAGAUCUGACCAUCAGUUUCUUGUGUUACCACCAGUUGAGUGACAGACAACCAAGCUCCAUCUACACAAACCUUCAGAGAAAGCCAAAAAAAGUCUAGAGUUACUAGAGGAUCAAUUUUUUGGGAAACAGCAUCAAGCCAACAAUAUUUCAUAAUUAUUUACCUUGAAUAAAUGGAGGAAACCUUAUCCUUAUGUCAUUGGCAUCCACUUGCAUAGGAAAAAAAAUUAAUCUUAUGUGGCUGUUAAUUGAAAUAAGUUUGUAGCUAUGCAUCUUUUAAUUCAUAACAACAUGAGUUAUGAUUUUAAACUGGUGCUAUAUGGGUGGGAGAGUACAACAAGGCAAUUAAUUAUUAUCAACUGAGUUCAUAACAUAAAUUGGCCACAGUGAAGAGUUUCAAAGCUGGCAUUUUGAGUGUUUGCCCCAGGACAGAGCAAAUAAAAAAGCUCUGAUGAAGGGCUAAUGCUUGAAACAUCAGCUUUGAAACUCAUUACAAUGGCUAAUCUAUGUUAUCAACUCAGUUUAUAAUACUAAUUAAAAUUACCCUGUUUGACUUAAGUGACAUAUUUGUUGCCAAUCAACUUUGACCUUUAGCAAAAAAAUAUAUAGCAAAUUAACUUUGACUUUUAGUGAAACAACUUAUAGCAAAACAACUUUGUAAUGAGACUCUAAAAUCCGUGAUUAUUUAGAAUGUUGUCUAUAGACUAGUUUUCACUGUCAACUGGGCCUAACAUGCUUGUCAAGCAUCUACGUCAGCUCAGGUAAUAUAUUGGUAGAUGUACAACAAACUGCACCAUUUCUGUUGUAUUUGCAGCUGGGCUUCACCUGUUUGCUAAACAUUCAGCUCAAUUCAAGGAAUAUAUUUCCAAAGACUAUGAGGUUGGUUUUUUCCUUUAAUUUUGCACUUAUAAUGACUUAAAAAUGACCAAAAAUUUGAUGAUACAAUGUAUGGGAAGAAGUCAGUUUUUCUUGGUUAGUUAAAUAGAGAAUAAUACAUGGGCACAUGUGGAUAUGGAAUUUCUCUUUGAAUGUUUAACUUGAUAGCUCACAAGUGAGCACAGUGAAUGAGUAAGAUGAUGAGUUGAACACGAGAAGAGAAAUUUCAUAUCCACAAGCAACCAUGUAUUAUUUUGAAUAGAGGGGUAAGUUUCUUAAGAAACUGUCAGUGGUGCUGCGUUGGUGGGAGAGUAUAGCAGGUAAUUUAGUGUUAACAACUGGGUUGAAAAUGUAAAUUAGCCACCGUAAAGGGUAAAAAAGCUGACGUUUCGAGCGUUAGCCCUUCGUCAGAGCGAUCGGCGAAGGGCUAACGCUCAAAACGUCAGCUUUUUUAUCCUUACAGUGGCUAAUUUACGUUUUCAACCCAGUUGUUAGCACUAAAUUACCAUGUAUUAUUUUGUUUAUCAUAUAAACACAAUAGCCCUUUACUGACAAGAAAAGUCAACUUUAUUAAUGAAUGAAAAUAAAAGCAUCGACAAUCCCCGAAUACAAAAAGUGUGUCAGCGCUAAAGCUCAUGAUGAAUAAAAUGCAUUGACACACUACCAAGACAAACAAUGGGUGUAAUUUUCAAUACACAAAAUUCUCAGUUAUUGACUUGGUCCUUACCAAUAGAAGAAAUCUUUCAGGUACAAGGCCAACAUUGGCCUGAGGCAAAUCUUCUGGUAGUUGAUUUUCAUUUUCAGCAACGAGAAAUGCCAUUGCCAAAGCUACUGAAUAUGUAACUUUUGGUUUUUCUUUCUGCAUCUUGGUUUUAUUCCCCCUCUAGGAAAGUUUAAACAUUGCUGUCUGUAAGGGAUAUGAAUUUUUCAGUGUUUUAGGAGCCAGAAUCCAAAAAUAUUGUGACAAAGGCCUUGGAUUGAGAAUGGUGAAGGCUUUGCCAUUCAUUCAUCAACCUGAUUGAGUGGCGGGAAAGGCGAGUGACAUGUCAGCAGCUGAUUGGCAAUAUCAAACACACAUGAAAAAGUACAAUAUUUUUUCAUGUGUGUUGUUACAGCUUUUCUCAGGGCUGGAAAUCCUUGUUUAGCACCAUAGUUUUUAUGAUAAAUCUCUUUCUUGAGCCAAAUGAAAUGAAUGAUGAACCAGAGUAGUUGUGGCCACAAAUGUUUAAAUUGUCACAAGAUUUCCUGGUAUAAAUAUUUGACCCAUGAGAGUGAAAUAGAGGGUGUAUGUACGAUGUAUACUAUGCAUAACACUGUAUGGAUUUACUAAUACAUACCUAAGAGGAUAACAAACUUAACUUUAAUUUUUGUGUUGGCUGAAACCUCUACCUAGCCAUUUGCUUUUGAUACUCACCUGCUUUUUACCUACAGAAAAUCAGCUCACUGCAUGUAAUUUUUACUGCUGAUUAUGCAAGAUAGUCUGUAACAAUAUCGGCUAAAAAGGUGUCUACAGAGUAGUACCUUUCAACUAAAGAUGCCACCUUUUGACACAAAGCUGCCAAGAAGUUAUUCUCCAGUCCCUAAGCCCUAUCUAUUUGCUAGCCUAAACAUCAAUCCACCCCUGAAUUUAUCAUGGCCCCUCUUUUUUUGAAGGCAGUGAUUCUGCCCUCAAGCAAACCUAACAGGCUUCUUUCUGUAACUCCAGAUUACUGGGUAAGAAAGCCAUCUAGGAAAAUGAAUUGUGCUAGUGGCUUACACUCCACUUUUGUAUCUGUGAUACAAAAUCUUGGAUUACUGUUUGACACUCAUCACAUCCAUUUGGAUCACUUGUGAUCUUUGCAAUCUGUUUGACUCUCACCAGUGUAAUUUAUAUACAAAUCACACCAAUUUAUGCUCUAAAUUGCAUCUUUUUCCAGCCAAUGAGGCAGCUUUACCAAAACAUGACAACUAAAAAUACUUGUUAUGAGCAACUGAAUUUGUGAUUUCAAAAUCGAUGUCAUAAAGUAAUAAUUGAAAUGACUGAGUGCAAUUUUGGUUUGAAAUCGCACACAUAAGAGUUUGGACCUAACAGCAUUCCAAUCAGUUCAAUUACCAUUAUAAAUUCAUUUGCUCUAUGGAUAUAACCUGUGAACCAUGCAGUACCAUCUAAUGUUCACAAUAAAUGUAUUUGACAAUGAAGCCUCAACUUGCAAUGAGAAACUUUGUGUUCCAGUCACCAAUUAUGUUACAGAUCAGUUAUUGUAAAAACCUUUCAAGAGGUGUCUCACUUGCUCUUAUUUCUAAGAGUGCUCCCCAUCAGCCGGAAGUGAUUGGCUGUAUUGCCAAACCCAAAGUGAAGGUUUUUUGUAAAGUUCACUUGUGCAGAAAGUGGUAAUUAUUUUAAAAGUUAAUGCUUGCCUUGUUUGUAAUAUAGUGGGAUGCUAGUUUCCGUUCAAAUUAAGAUGGUCAAAAGAGAUAUCUUGUAUCUUUCGGUAAAUACACCUUAAAUAAAGGUGACAUACAAUUGAAAUGUAUUUUGCUAAGAUGCUGAUCUACUCUAAUUAGGUGAUUUAUGAAGAAUUUUACCGUUGGUGCAAGCAUCACAACAAGGAAAUAAGUUAUGCUGCAUAUGCUGCAAUGGAAGCAUUUUUCCAACAGGUGUGAUAUUAGGUCACUGAGUAUUCCAAAAAAAAAUGGUUUGAAGCUGAGAGAUGAUUACAUCCCUAGUGGAUAUCAUUAUCAGGACUACCCUCACUUAGACCGUCAGACUACACAAUCAAUUAAGUAGUGGUAGCUACAGUUGUACCAUUUUACCCACUAUUAUGUAGAGUUGACAUUUUGUUAUUGUUGUGAGGAGUGGGCCCAUAUGCAACCAGUAUCCUCCUUUCACCACCUUAGUCAUGUUUAAAAUUCUUGCCCAGAUGUACUUUAUUUCUAUGUAUACUAAAUGCUUCCAUAAGAGGACAUAUGCAUACCUACAUGCAUCACUUCUGUUUGACUAUUAUUGCUGGUAAAUCCUAUUUGUAGUUGAAGUAAUUUUGAUUACUGUUUGAUCUCCUCAUUAGAUUUCCCUCUACUUUGUUGAAAGGCAUGGAGACAAAUCUGACCUAGCCAUGUUCAUGGUGAGAGUUUUUCAUGUUCAUUGCACAUUGUUUUUCACACAUCAAGUUCCAGUUUUGCCUCCUGAGAACUUGGCGAUAAAUGAAAAUUACUGGUAUUGUAAAUUUUUUUUUUGGUCAAAAGGGAUGUAAAAUAAUUAUUGGUGUCUUUUCGAUAUGGAUGAUGGGCCAAUUAAUUUUUUGUUAGGCAAAAUUCUUUUUGUCACCAAACAGCAUAAAUCCUUCAUUAAAAAAAAAAUCUUCACACCAGUAAAAGUUUGGUUAUGCUUUUCUUUUAUGAAUGUACUCAGUCAUUUUCUCCUAGUACCCUUUGUGACCUGUGGGUUUGAUUGGCCUAUGUCAUAUUUUCUAAGCAGUGGAAAACUGUGAUUACAUACCCUUCAAUCCAAAGGGAAUUAGUCAAUACAGGGCAGGAAACUUAGGCGGGUGUCUACAAAACGAAAACCGAAGACCGAAGACCGAAGACCGAAGACCGAAGACCGAAGACCGAAGACCCUAAUUUUUUGCCCGAAUAAGGCACGGACAGUUAAAAAACCAAGCCAAAGCGUUCCUCAGUGCAAACAGAUGUGAAAAUAAUGGGAAUCUUCGUUUUGUAGAAAAGACCCCCUGAAUCUACAAAACGAAGACCCUUACUAAAACGCUUUGUUAGACGCCAAUUGACGCGAAAUCAAGGGGGUCUUUGUUUUGUAGAAAAAAAAAAAAACCCGUGAAUCUAUAAAUCGAAGACCCUCGCUAAAAACGCUUUGUGUGAUGCCCAUUGACGCGAAAUAAUUGAGGUCUUUUUUUGUAUAAGGGACCGCCGUGUGAAUCUAAAAAAAAAAUAAAGACCCCUGUUAAAGUGGGUUGCGAGUGAGCAAAAAAUUAAAAGAGCUUAGAAAAUUAAAAGAGCGGGCGCGUUAUUUGGUCUUAUUUGGAAAUGAAUGUACAAUUUUUUUUUCGCUUUUAAUAUAGAAACGAUUUUCUUCAUUUGCAAACCUUUUUUAAGUUGGAACUCUUGUAAAUUUCUCACGUUCAGUCCGGAACCCGAAGAAGUAACUUUGACAGCAACUGACAUAAGCCAAACACUCUCUGGAGAAAAAAUAUAAAACACAAAUGAAACAAUUUUUAAUAUUUCUAAACAGGCAAAUACCUUUUCUGUACACUGUACACUGUCCGAUUUUCUUAUAAAAAUCGACAAGUAUGACAGUGUUGGAUUUCAAGAAUUGGUUUCUCAUGCAGCCACAGAGAUAAUAAGUGGCCUAGUGUAUCUGCACCAAACAGGGAUCGCCCACAGAGAUCUUAAAACGGCGAACAUUUCAGUUAGCAACCAACACUACAGCUUUAUGUCAGUAGAGUCGCAAGAUUUACAUGAAAUUUAUCAUGAAAGGCCGAUUGCCUGUAAGCUGACUGAUUUUGGUGAAAGUCGGUCACUAUUUAUUUAGACGCAGUUACUCAUUAGCUCCAAGACCACCACUGUUGAUCGAGGGACAGUGGUCUACACGUCACCAGAGCUUCUGGUUGAAGAAAAGCGCUUAACGAAGGCUUCUAUCGCAGAUCUAAUAAUUGCAGACGUUUGGGCGCUGGGGAUGGUCAUCUUUACGCUGCUUAACCCAAGCCUUAAAAGUCCUUACAUCUUAGAAAUGCGGGCAGAAGGAGUAAGGACUCAGGAGCAGCUGAAGAAGUUCAUAACCGAACUUUUACGGAAAGAGAAACUACCACAACACGUCAAAAAGUACCACAUCGAUCGUGCUACUGUUUGGUUUGCAUUAGAGGAAGUUUUCCGAGGUUGCCUUAAUUUUAACAGAGAGAAACGCUCGUCCCUACAAGAGGCAGCCCAAAUUUUAGCCAGGCAUCACGACAGAUUUUCAAUGGAAUUUCAUGUCAUUAACCUUAGGGUUAGCCAAGUAACUGCUCUUGAGCAUUUUGAUCAAAAGGUUGCUGUAGAUUUCCAAGAGCAGGCGAAGUCCUUACAACCGAACAUUAUGCCAAUAAACGAUGGAACCAACGCCUGCAUAUUCCUGUCGAUUGGCAUUGUUGAAAGCAUUAUCCAGGAACUGGAAAGUGAGGUCUUCGAAAAAUUACCAACAGCCGUGGAAUCCAUCUUUAUUUAUCUUUAGUUCUUUAUCUUCUCAAUCACCCCACUGCCAUCCAGAGAAAAGCAAGUCUGUAAACCGAGGUAGUAGUUCAAUUUGAAGUUGCAAGUACAGGGGCCAAGAAUGGAACAGUGCAGGUCUCUGUUUAUAGGGAUCGUGCAACUUGUGUUUGUGGACGGUAUAAGUAUGAUAAAGUCUGUAAGCACUCCCUAGCAGUAGCCGCUUUCAAAGCAAUUAUGACAGACCAUCUUAAUUUCAUCAGAAAGAAAUCAAGUAAAGUUAGUAAAAGAACAGCUCUUGCUGAGCACGAUGUGCAGAAAGCAACGACAGGAAAGAAGGGAGGAAAGAACAAAUAUGGCUAUCGACCUGCAAGGGGCAAGGCACAGCCAAGCUCGAGCGGAUCUACGGAAACAGCUACCACUUCGGGGCUGUUAUACUCAGAGAUACACCAUAAUGAAAACGAAUUUGAGUUGAUGUUUCUCGUAGAAGGUGCGAAGAGGUGCAAAUCGUGCCAUCUGGACUUUUGUCAUAGGAAGAAGGUCAUUCCGUUCGAUGUUAUUUUUUCCUCAGAGCGAUGGAUGUAUCCCAUCAAUGGAGAUUGGUCUAAUUGCAAGCCAUCCCAACGGGAGACAGUCAGAUACUAUCAUGCCUCAAUGAAGUGCCUGAUAAGCAGAUUCCCAUACUUUACUGCAGAUUUCAUUCGCAUACCCAGUGACGUUGAGGAGAGUCUUUGCGAUUCCCAUAAAAACUAUCUUGCAAAUGAAUUUGGGAUAACCAUUGAUUAAAUUUUCCUUCAUCCAGAGCAUGUCACACUGUGUAUGCAACAGGGUUGAGCACAUCCGAGUGAACAAAGAUAGAUGGAUAGUUUGCAUGUGCAUGUUCACUAUGCUCAAUAAUGCUAAAAGCUAACUGCCAAACACAUUCGCUUGUGGAUUACUAUUUGUAGCAAACAUUUCAUGGGUAAUCUAUUACUUUUUAUGUGCAAGAAAUGUAGUAAUUGUGCUGCCAGCUGUUGCGGUGUCACCAGUCUUGUGAAAUUACAUUGAACAAGGAAAACUGUAAAUUUUGAUUUUGAUUGGUUUGAUUUGAGUAUGUGUAUGCAAGUUGUCAAGGACUCUGAGCUCACCCCCUGCAUAAUGCUGUGAUUUGCUCAGUUCGUGGGUGUGAGUUUCCGAUCCUGUCACCCACUGACAUAAACCAUAUGCAAAACCUGUCACUGAGUCAGCUACCCUGGUGAAAAUCUUUCAAGGAUCUUUAAGGAUCUUACAAGAUCUUCAUGAGGACCUUUGAGGAUCCUCAAAAUUCUUGUUAAGAUCUUCAAGGAUCCUUCAUUUUCUUGCCAAGAUCCUCAAGGAUCUUUGAUUUUCUUGUCAAGAUCUUCAAGGAUCUUUGAUUUUCUUGCCAAGAUCUUCAAGGAUCUUUGAUUUUCUUGCCAAGAUCUUCAAGGAUCUUUGAUUUUCUUGCCAAGAUCUUCAAGGAUCUUUGAUUUUCUUGCCAAGAUCUUUGAGGAUCUUUGACUUUCUUGCCAAGAUCUUUAAGGAUCUUUCAUUUUCCUGUCAAGAUCCUUGAAGAUCUUGUCUGGAUCUUCAAAGAUCUUUACAUGAACUUUGAAGAUCCUUUAAAGAUCUUUGAAAAUUCUUUGAGGAUCUUCCAAAUUCUUGUUAAGAUCUUUGAGGAUCUCUCAUUUUCUUGCCAAGAUCUUCAAGGAUCUUUUUGAAAAUUUUGAAGAUCCUUAAAGAUUUUGGAAAGAAAAUAAAAGACCCUUAAAGAUCUUGGCAAUAAAUUGAAAGAUCUUUGAAGAUCUUGGAAAAAAAAAGAAAGAUCCUUGAAGAUUUUGACAGCCAAAUUAAAGAUCUUUGCAAGAGAUUUGAAGAUCCUUAAAGAUCUUGACAAGAAUGUCAGUGAUCCUUGAAGAUCCUGGCAAGGAAAUGGAAGAUCGUUGAAGAUCUUUGCAAGAAUGUUAUAGAACCUUCGAAAUUUUGACAAGAAAAUAAGCAUACUUAAAUCCUCAUACUAAGUUAACAAGAAAAAUUGAACCAAACAUAAAAAAAUGAAGAUAAAACUUUUUUUUAUUGCUAAACGAGAAUUACCCAUCCUCUUCUAGUAGGACUACUUCUACACUAUUUCUGUUCAGACUUUAGGUUAGUUCUAAGAUUUUCAUUUUCCAAAAAAUCUGGCAACAGUCCAGCUCAAAGAUAAGAAGACCAAAAUAUAUGUGUUCAACUUGUCUAGGACUAGACUAUGACCAGACUCAGACUACUCUUACAGAGGGGGUAAACAUAGCUUAGGAAUCACACAUACUGAAUAUAACUAAUAUGUUGCCCUAAAUUUGUUAUUUGACAUCAGAUCAAUUUGUCCACCACAUGGUGUGAAAAACCUAGGUAUACUUGAGAAAAGAUAACUGCACAAAGAUUGCAUGAAAUCAAGUGUUUUUAGUGUCAAAACAAAGUACUAGGGUCGUUCUUUUGGAUGAGCUGAGGAACUUUUGGAGUCGUUUAUAUUAUGGGCACAGUGCCCGUUCAAAGUUCACCGAGAUUAUUAGGUGAGUUAUUCCACAAUAUCUUACUUAAAAUUCAGCUUAUAGAGAAACUGUCAGCUUAUCCAACUCAACUCAGUAAGAGGAUACGGCCCUGAAAACUUCAGAUUAAUUGAACUAAUACAUCCUGAGGUACAAAAUAAGUGUUUUCGGGAAUUCAUAUGACAACCUCUAAAAGAGCUUUUUAAGUUGGUUACACAGAACCAAGUAAAUUCACACCUUCUUCAGAAACAUGUCCUUCAGUGAGCGUCGAGGAGAAUCUCUCUAGAUCGAUAAGCCUGUAUCCUUGUCACUGUAACACAUCAUUUGCAUCCCUACUCUCCAAGAGCUCAGAGCAAGAAUCAUUAGGCGAGGAUGGCAUCUUCAUUUUCUUUCCAGAAGUACCAAUGAAUUCUUUUCAUUCUUGACGAUUUCGGUUGUUUCUGUCUCUCUUUUCGCUUGUUUCUGAACUCCAGAAAACGCCUUUCCUUUACUUUUAUUUCUGUGUACAUUUUCCCUUUAGUUCCGACCAUUGUCGAUGAUAUUUGCCGUAACAACGAGCUUCUUAUGUUUUUAUGCGACCGUUAAAAAUCUCGGCGCGUAUAAAUUCCUAUCCCAUAAUGCAAAACCCUAUUUGUUGUCAUGUAAGUAGUCACAAAGUUUCCCGAAAGCCUCGAGCAUGGCGUUGCUAAUUGCGGUAACCUUCAUUACACUUAUUGCACAAUAAUUUUCUGCGAAAAUUCCUUGUUGUGUUUAAAUUAUAAAACAGUGAGCCCUCAAUUUACAAUUUUGUUAUGUUUGAAAUUACUUGAGGAUUUCAAAGGAACCUAAUUCAUAAUGCAGAGAUGUGGUAGAGAUCUUGACAAAGUUGCCUUUGAGAUCCACAUCAAAUUCAAAAUGGAUCCUUACAAAGAGCUGUACAAAAUCAUGAAAUGAAUCUUUUAAAGAUAUUUGGAAGAUCCUUUUCAAUUCCUUGAGGAUCUUGAAGGAUUGUAGAACAGAUCAUGCAAAGAUCUUGACUAGGAUCCUUGUAACUCCUCAUCAAAUUCUUAAGGAUCUUAGCAAAGAUCUUAGCAGGAUCCCUAAAAGGUUCUUUUGAAGGUUUUUAAAAGAUCCUCAUUAAAUCCUUGAGGAUCCUGAAGGAUCCUUGAAAAGAUCCUGCAAAGAUCUUGACUUAAGGAUCCUUGUAAGAUCCUGAUCAAAUUCCUAAGGAUUCUGGCAAAGAUCUUUACAGGAUCCUUGAAAGGAUCUUUUGUAGGUCUUUAAAAGAUCCUCAUUAAAUCCUUGAGGAUCUUGAAGGAUCCUUGUGAAGAUCUUGCAAAGAUCUUGAGUAGGAUCCUUGUAAGAUCCUGAUCAAAUCCUUAAGGAUCCUUGCAAAGAUCUUAAUAGGAUCCUUGAAAGGAUCUUUGGAAGGUCUUUAAAAGAUCCUCAUUAAAUCCUUGAGGAUCUUGAAAGAUCCUCAAAAGAUCCUGUUUACUUCCUUGCAAGAUCCUGAUUAAAACAUCUUGAAAGGAUCCUUUUACCUUCAUUCUUGAAGGAUCCUUGAAAAGAACUAAACUUUGUAAUAUCCUUUGAGGAUCUUUAUCAAAUCCUUGAGGAUCUUAACAAACGUUUUUGCUUACAAAGAUCUUUGAGGAUCUUUUACAGAUCCUUUAAAGAUCUUUUAAAGAUCCUUGUCCUUAAGGAUCUUUGGCAGGUUUUAGGUUUUUCACCAGGGUAUGGUGCUAGCUUUUAUUUCCGAAUUCCUUGAAAAUGAAGCUAUUGGCGAUGUAAAACGGUUUUCCUUGAUUUAUUUGAGAUCAUGGCUUGAGAAAGCUGAUAUGUAAACAAUAUUAAUUAAAUUUUAGAGUUCAUUACAUUGAUAUGCUUUUGAUACAAUUGUUGGUCCGAAAAGACAUAUAAUACAGUAAUUUAUGCUUCCUUGAGAUACGAUCUUCCGCAUGGAAUGAUCUCUGCAAAAAGCUUUAUGUUAGAAGUAUAGUAUUAUGAUCAAUUUCUUUAGGCACCUUUUGUUAAAUCAAGGUAGAUAUAAGAGUUUAGAAACUGUGUUUAUCUUGCCUAGAAUCUCUUAACUAGAAGCAGUGAUGCUGAGGUUUCUGCAUGCUGUGCCUCAAUUUUUAAUGCUUUCAAACAAGGAUUCUUAAAACUGACAGGUUAUAACUGAAUAUAAAAAGACUAUAAAAAUUGCACAUAUUUUGUAAAGGAAGUUUUGUUCUGUGCAUUCUUGCAUGACUUAAUACUGAUCCUAAUAUAAUUGGCUGAAUAGGCCUUCUACAUCAGGUUAUGUGCUCAUAUUUCGCAAAGCUUUGUUUUGGUGCAUCACUCUCAACCUGCUGGCAAAAUGUGUACUUUGAAAGCGAGCUACUAAGACGAGAUAUUUCGAAGGAAACAUGAGUACCAUCUUUUCCCUGUAAUUGCUGUUAGAAUAAUAACCCAGUAAAUGAGGAUUGCAGCCAUUUUUUCUAGUAUGAAUUAGUUCCUCGUAUAUUCUAGCUUAUGUCAAUAGUAGGGGGAGAACACGCAUGCCUGUAUACAUACUGUAUACAUACUUAUACAUCACUGCAAAUGUGAUACAGGGGAUUUCAAUUUCACUGUAGUUUGAUAAUUAGCACAUCGUUGUUUACUUUAGUUUCUGUCAAUGUUUUUAAAUAGGAAUAAGUAUUUUAAAUUUUGUUAAUUUUAUCAGGAAUUGAAGACAUUUUCCCUGUGUAUAGUUUCUAUAAUUCCAGAAUUGCAUAACCACAAAUAAAACAAUAUUUUAUUCUUUUUGUGUCUAACUUUCAUUGCCAAAGGGAACUUUCCAAUUGAAGGUAUUCAUUUUGUAUAUUCACAUGGUCAUUUUGAAUUCUACAAAACAAAGACCCUAAUGAUUUUGUGUCAUUUGGAGUCUGACAAGGUGUUUCAGCAAGGGUCUUCAUUGUAAAGAUUCAGGGGGUUUUUUGUACAAAACGAAGACCCCCUUGAUUUUGUGUCAGUUGGCGUCUGACAAAGCGUUUUAGCUCUGAAAUCAUGACCCUGUUGGGCAGCACAUACCCCUAUAGGCAAUGUAUAGGAGUCCCCCCCCCCCAAAGCGUUUUAGCAAGGAUCUUCGUUUUGUAGAUUCAGGGGGCUUUUUCUACAAAACGAAGACCCCCUUGAUUUCGCGUCAAUUGGGGUCUAACAAAGUGUUUUAGUAAGGGUCUUUGUUUUGUUUUGUAGAUUCAGGGGGUCUUUUCUACAAAAUGAAGAUCCCUGUUAUUUUCACAUCUGUUUGCGCUGAGGAAUGCUUUGGCUUGGUUUUUUAACUGUUCGUGCCUUAUUGGGGCAAAAAAAUUAGGGUUUUCGUUUUUCGGUCUUCGGUCUUUGGUCUUUGGUCUUUGGUCUUCGGUCUUCGUUUUGUAGACACCCAACUUAGGCUGCCCCAAAUGUUUGGAAUGUGUAACUUACCCUUUUGAACAAGGAAAAUGAUGAGCUCACUUGUUCAAACCUAUUACCAAAAGUGAGUAAUACCAGUAAACCUUUAAUCUUACCUGACUUUGGACAUAAUUAUACAAUGUUAUUAGUAAUUGUCAAUAUAUUUUCUAUCUGUACUACCAUGAAAAUAAGUACUGCUUCCAAAUAGUAAGAUACAUGUAAAUUUCAUUUUUUGUUAUUUACAUGAGUCUAAUUUUGUUUUUAGGGCUGGCCAUAUUUUUUUUUGUCAUGUGAAUCCCACUUCUUACCAGUAGUUGUUGUUAUCAGGCUUUUCAGACAAGUAAGGUUGUGAUACAGACCAAUGAAAUGAACACUGCACUUUUCCAAAUGGCGAUAAAGUGCAUUUAUAGUGUUAGUAUAGAAGAGAUGCCUUUCUUUUCUUGUAGUAUUUCAUCAAGACUUUCCGUGGAAUACUUGAUUCUUUGUCAAGUGAUACAAAGCAGAUGGCAAUUGCUGUGAGAGGUUAUGGUUACUUCUCUAAGGUAUUUUAAAUAUUGAUUCAGGAGUUAUUUUAUAUUUAUAUAGAUUUUUAUGUGGGUUUCCUUAGGAGGGUGAAUUUAAUAUUUGGGUUUAGUUCUGUGACAAUUUGCCAUGCACGGCUUAUAAUGAAAUUUGUUAGACUGAGUGCAUGCUAAGAACAAGCUAAAUCAGGACAUGGUUGUAAAAGGUUGUGAGAGCUUAUUCAGGGAAGGUCUUUUAGUGGUAAGUGAACAUGUGCACUGUGUUGUUAAACAUGCUCAAGCCAAAUAAAAAUUUGGGCUCUGUUUUUAGUGAGCUCAUGGUGAAAUAUGCUAAGGGUGUUUGAAACAGUUUGGUCUGCAUACUGUACAAAAUGAAUUUACAUUUGCAUUUCUUUGGCUCAAUACUGUGUGAGUGAAGUACAUGAGUUAAUUUGUGAAGAAUCAUGCCAUAUGAAAUGAGCUACUUAAUACAAGACUGUCACCACUGGAUACUGUGAAGAUGCGAGGGACUUAAAUACUAAAGUUUUACUCAGUAUUUCUGAUUGAAAGGAGUAAGAGAAGAUAAGAAAGAAACCAUGUCUACAACUACAUAACAUGAUAUUGAAGAUGAAACAAAGUACAGAAUGUAUUCGUUAGUGAUGUGAUGUUUAAGGUCAAUAUGGUUCCUUUUAUAUUUGUUGCAUUUGUAUUAUAAAUUAAAGUAACAAUUUUGUCUUGAAAUGGUUUCAUUUUGAUGAAUCAUAGAGGUCCAUUAAUGGCAUUUGCAUUCAAGAGUCACUUGAUAUACAUACAUUAGAUAUCUGUGUACUGGUUGUUGUAAUUUUUAAAGUUUAAUGAUUAUGAUCUAUUGGAGAUAGCUGUAGUUAAACUUGCUGACUAUUUAGAAGAAUGGAACACUAAUAGCUCUGCUGGUUAAGAAAUUUGUAAUAACAUUAUAACAUCUGCUAAACAAAACACACCCAAUGUGUUUAAUGACUGAUAAUUAAGCUCAGUGCAGAGCCAGUGUUAGGGCAGAUUUGGUCAUGUUGCCACAGAAAAAAUUGAUUUUCACCUUUUUAAGAUGUUAAUGCCAGACUUAAAUAAUACAGUAAAUGAUUAACAACAAACCCAGACUAUCUCUUCUUUGCACAAUUUAUUGCUGACUUUGGCCUGUUAAAGUAUCUUUUAGGAUGAAAGGACUAGGACUAGUGUCUUGAUGGAGUGAAUGUUGUAUGCUUAUCUCCUACAUUUGUGUGCUUGUUGAACUGCUAAUUAAAUUCUCAUAGGACAAGGACCUGUUCAAACUAUAAAGUCCCUGCUUCAACGGGGUAUGGUUUUAAACAAAUUAUGAUGGAUGGAUUCUUAUGAUGAGGCUAGGUGGUAAAUUCAAACCUUGUGAUCAAUGGCUUCCUCAAAUCAUACCUUGUGACUUCUAAGAAAACUAAACAUAGACCUGAUAUACAGCUAUAAAUCACUCCAUAGUCCAGGCCAUGAUACUAGGUUUUUUUUUCUGAUGUCUCAAGGACCUCUGAACCUGGAUUUAAUACAAUGAAAGAAGGAAAUUGUAGUUCAAGAACUCAGAUCAAUUUGCAUACAUGCUCUUUGACUGUAGUUAUGUAUUUGAGCAAGCAAUUGUGGUAUUUCUCAAUGUGUUGAUUUGGUUUAUAGCAUUUUAGAGGGAGCUGGAUGCCAGAAUUAAAUAUGGUAAAUCAAUAUGAUUACAUCUAAUUGUGCUGUGGUUAACAAGGGAUUAGGUAUUCCAUGUUAGUAGGCACAAAUAAAAUGUCACAAAGACCCUUCUGGUUAAUGGCUGCAUCAUUGAACUUGAAGUCUGUUUCAUGGCUGCUGUUGAAACUAGGCAAUACCUGAGGAUGGGGAUCCUAGCAUUUACUUGUUGCUGGUGUCUUUAAAUUUCCAUGUGGAUGAGCAUGAUGAUUGUGAUGCUUGUUGUUUCCAGCAACUACUUGAACUGUUUUAUCUGAAUUAGUUUAUAAUGUGAAUAACUUGAUCAAAUCUAUGGAAGUGGUGCAUUGUUAAUCUGUAAUUCAGAAUGAUGAUGAAAGCCAUUAUCAAAUUUGUGUGAGGAGUUUUCUUUCAUUUAGUGUUCUAAGUUUGUGCACAUUGAUUUAUACCUCUGCCAUGAUGUUACAGUCUGUUAUUGCCUAUUUCAUUUAUCUGGUAUUAGCUUACUUCUGUCUAAUCUGGUGGUGGUGCAAUGUCCAAAGUUAGCAGCAAUGCACUGGUAGUGGCCCAUUAGACACUGUCACACCAUUAAAAGUGUUAAGGCACCUCUCAUAACAAACUUUGCCAAAACUUUGGUUGCUGAACAUCUGUUCACCAUUUUAGAAGAAAUAGAGGCACACCUGAAUAGUUUUUCUUUUUACCUACAUUGGUGCUGACCCUACUGCCUACAUUGUUUAUAUUAUAAUGAACUGUUCAUUCUAGUGAUUCCAACCUUCUAGUUAUCCCUAAGACUACUACAGUUACUUUCAGAGAUAGAUCUUUUGUGGCAAUUGCUUUGAAGUUAUGGAAUCAGCUACCACUUUCCAUUAGGCAAAGUAACUCUGUUGAUAGUUUUAAAAAGGCAUUGAAAAUUCACUUGUUUCAUGAAAGCUGUUUCUUUUAGUCAUAAAAAGCACCAAGACAUUUAUAUGUAGAGUGCAUUUUUAAGAGCACACAUUAUUAUUAUUAUUGUUAUUUUCUUGGCUACAUUUUUUUGAGGCCUGUAACUCAAAUGUAGCUGGUGAAUGUGACCAAAUGUGGUAAAGACAUUGUUACAUGUGACUAUUAGAAGCCGAUCAAACUUACUUAAGCUUCAAAGUGUUUCACAAACUGAUAAACAAAGAUCUCCAUUGUAAUUGAAUGUUCUGAACUGAAAGUAAAAGAGGAGCUUGCAGCAUGAGAAUUUUGCACAGAGUGACCCCAUAAUUGGAAGGAGGAGGGAGAAGGUGAUGGGCAAGUGGAAAUCAAGUGUAACUUGGAAUUCCCAUUUCUGUGCAUUGGGAAACACUGGCAGAACAUGAUGAGUGCCAAGCUUCAGUGCGGCAUACUGCAUGCACACAGUUAGGCAUUACAUGAGGGCUUUCUGUGGGCUAGAAGAUGUGAAGCCGUGCAAGGAAAGAACUUGCAACCUGUGUUUUGAAAUCAUGUUGGUGUGGAUGUAGUUUAACAGUAAUGCAGAGUAUUUUACAAUUUCUAGUCAAAUUGCGAAGCAACAAAACUCAGAGCUAAAGCUUUGUCAACCAGAGGAAAUUAUUUUAAUUCAAGUUUGUAGCUUGAAAGAUUUGUGAAAAAUCUGAAGGUCUGAUGUUCGAUUCCUCAUGGGGACUCAGAAUUUUUCUUUGUCCCACGCUCGUGACAAGGCGAAAAACGCCUUUCUUAAUUCUUCACCGAGCUCAAAACUUACCAUCUCUACUUUUCUGUCAAAUUUAUAAUUUAGUCGUAAAAAUGUCUUGAUUGUCUUGUUCCAAGAAAAUUUGAUUCAAUAUUAUCUGAAUAACCUAAAUUGAAUGAAUAGAAAAUUUAUCUGUUCUCUUUUGAAGUGCACAUCAAAGUUUUGAAGUCACAGCAGGCCUAAAGUACAGGUUUCAGUUAUCAACAGGUCUUUUAAACCUUAUUUUUAAUCACAUGAAAUCUUGCAGAUGGAUGACAGUAAUUUUUCCUGUGACCCUAUUAACAUUUUAUUAUGUGUCAUAGUGGGUGUUGGCUAUAAAAGUACAGUCAAAUUCAAGUCUUGUGCACAGUCCAAUCAUCACAUUUAUGUAAUAAAAUAGUGCAUCUUUCCUAAAACUAGUUUGUCAGAAUAAGAACGAGUUACCCUGCACAAGUAUGGCUUUUCACAAUGAUACAUGAACAUUAAGUCCCUUGCCCUGACAGCCCAACAUUAUCAAAAAAGUCAGUAACUGGAGCAAAAGCAUUGAAUGAAACAAACAACCAAGCCUAUUCCCUAGGUAACCAGUCAACUCGCCGACGGACCAACUCGCCGACGCCAACUCGCCGACGUAUAAAAUCGAGUAGAGACGUCGGCGAGUUGGUCGUCAAUCCAAUACAACUUAUUAGAAGUUAAACAUACAGAAAAGUAAACGAUAUUUAGUAAAAAAACACUGGUGAACAUCAAACAGAAGCUUAAACAUUGGUGAACAUCACCAAUGACUAUAACAACUUAAGACGCGAACGAGAUAUUAUUGUGCGACAACAACACCGUAAAGACUCAUCAUGUCAAUCGCUCAGAUUUUUUAACGAAAACUUGGCUUUCUAGACGAAAUCUUUAGUAAAAAGCAUUUCUCUUUAUUUGCAACAAAGUUUAUAAGGAUCUCAAGGCGAAUAAAGGGAAGUAAACAUCACCAAUGACUCAAACAGCUUCAAACGCGAACGAGUUAUCGUGUGACAACAACACUAUAAAGACUCAUCAUGACAAUCGGUCAGAUUUUUUAAGAAAACUUGGCUUUCUAGAUAAGAUCCUUAGUAAAAAGUAAUUCUUUUUAUUUGCAACAAAGUUUAUAAGGAUCUCAAGGCGAAUAAAGUAAAGUAAACAUCGCCAAUGACUACAUCUGCUUCAGACGCGAACGAGAUAAUUAUUGUGUGACAACAACACCGUUAAGACUCAUCAUGUUAAUCGCUCAGAUUUUUUAACGAAAACUUGGCCUUCUAGACAAGAUCUUUAGUAAAAAGCAAUUCUUUUCAUUUGUAACAGAGUUUAUAAGGAUCUCAAGGCGAAUAAAGUAAAGUUAACAUCGCCAAUGACUACAUCCGCUUCAGACGCGAACGAGUUAUUGUGUGACAACAACACCGUAAAUACUCAUCAUGUUAAUCGCUCAGAUUUUUUUAACGAAAACUUGGCUUUCUAGACGAGAUCUUAAGUAAAAAGCAAUUCUUUUUAUUUGCAACAAAGUUUAUAAGGAUCUCAAGGCGAAUAAAGCGACGUUAACAUAGCCAAUGAACAAAAUUGGCUGUAGACGCCAAUGAGUUGAGUGAGUCAUUGGUGAUGUUUACUUCGCUUUAUUCGCCUUGAGAUCCUUAUAAACUUUGUUGCAAAUAAAAAGAAAUGCUUUUUACUAAAGAUCUCGUCUAGAAAGCCAAGUUUUCGUUAAAAAAUCUGAGCGAUUGACAUAAUGAGUCUUUACGGUGUUGUUGUCGCACAAUAACUCGUUCGCGUCUUAAGCUGUUAUAGUCAUUGGUGAUGUUCACCAAUGUUUAAGCUUCUGUUUGAUGUUCACCAGUGUUUUUUUACUAAAUAUCGUUUACUUUUCUGUAUGUUUAACUUCUAAUAAGUUGUAUUGGAUUGACGACCAACUCGCCGACGUCUCUACUCGAUUUUAUACGUCGGCGAGUUGGCGUCGGCGAGUUGGUCCGUCGGCGAGUUGACCGUAAUUCAUUCCCUACACCCUCCUUAAUCCUGUUAGCUUAUUUGGAACAUGAAUAUUUCAGACAUGGCAUAUAUGCCACAAAUAUUUCAUUCCCCACCACAAUUAUUUCAUAAUUGUUUAAAAGUUGUGCAAAAUGGUUGGGUUGAGAUAUGUAACAAAGAUUUGCCAGCUUGCUACAGCACUAGUGGAAAAAUGGAAGAGAAACCUUUCAUUCAAUGUAUAACCUGAGUUGCUUCAUGAGUUGGCAAAUUUUAACAAAUACUUAAGCCUUCUCAGAAACUUUGAUGUUUAAAUUUUUUCAAAGUGAACUGAUGAAAGUCUUAGUGAAUGGUCAAAUGAAUACUUUUCCCAGAUCAAUAAAAUUAGGUGUAGUGUUUUAUGUUGACGUUGGCACAACUUCACCCUCUAGGAAAGAUUUAUUUACCUGGAGGUAUUUAUUUACCAUGCUGGUAUUUAUUUACCAACAUGAAAGAAUACCAUCCAAAACUUUACAAUCUCUUUAAUUUGGCCUAUAACAACAUCAAUUCAACUUUAACACUAAAGAGAAAACUUGCUUGAUGUUUGGAAUUAACUUCUGUGGUGUACAAAUGAGGGAUUAUUUCUCGGUUCGUACAAAAAAGGCUUCAUGAUCAAAUCUUAAGUCUCUCUUCAUCAAUAAGUUUUGUCAUUCUAGGUCUAGCUUGUUACAAGAAACAGACGCUGGACAAACUUUGAAUUUCAUUAGCUAGACUUUCCAAGAUCAUGGAUGGUUGGUUUAAAGACAGUGAAAUUAUGUGCAGGUAGAGCAGAGGUUACUGAAUUAAAUGACAGAAAAAUCCAAAAUCCAGCCAGAGGACAAUUAUGGAAUGCAAAUUUUAGAGAGAGAAGAAGUUUAAAGUUAACAGGUUUACACACAACUUGAAAGUGACUUUUAUUUUUAAUUUUCUUCACUUAUCAGUGGAGGGUGACAUGUUUGGGAAAAAUUAGUGGAGUAAGCAGUCAUACCUGGUGACAUCAAGAGAAGAUCUGAAAGAGGGCCAUACAAUUCUGGCAUAUUGUUUCAUUGACUCAGUGUCCUCAUGUGUAUACCCUUUCAACUGCCCAGUGAUACCCCAUCUGGAAGUUGUUUACCAUCGUUUCUUUCAAUUUUGGCUCAUUUUCCCAAGUGGAGGUUGUCAUUCACGUGCCAUAGAAUAGCAUUUCAAAUGAUACUGACAUCAUACACUACAUUUGAAGAACAAAACAUUCCUUAUCCUCAAAAGUCCCGUCAAAACAAUGAGAACAUUAACAAAGGUCUUCAGCUGCUUAAGAAUUCCUUCGACUAGCAUGUGUGUCUGUUGCCUUGCAAGUUGCGAGAACACAUUCCCUUGCUUAUGGACCCCAUCAAUUCCCCCGUCCCCUACCUGGAUUGGUCCCUAAAUCCCCUUGAAUAUACUCUUCAACAGCUAGCGCUAAGGAGUUUUAAUAAUGUUAAGGGGUGGAAAAUAAACUAACUGGAGCUCUGCUGCUAGGCUUGGCUAAAUCUAGAAAUUAUUUUUUGUUAGUUUUGAUGGAAAGGGGGGGGGGGUUUGGACCUACCUGAAAACCAAGUAUAUUUUCCACUUGCUUAUUAUUGUUUAGAAGACAGGAAAUUGCAAAGAGCAAAUGUAGUUUUUGCUUAGUAAUUGCUUCACUAAUAAAAUAAUUAUCAUAUAAGUCCUUUAAGUACAGUGUUAUUACACAAAUCUAAUGGUUCCUACUAACAUUUUUAAUUUAUAAUGAUGUAAUGGAAAUGUCCACAUUCUGUUGGUGCAGGGAGUUUAAUAGAACGUAUUUUAAAAUUUAAAUUCAGUCUAGUGACUAUUAAGUCUACAAGUAAUAGCUCUGAGCAGUGAAUUAAUGGAGGAGAAUAUGAUCAAAUGUCUUUCCCUUGGCAGCCGUGCAAGUUGUUCAUGCAAGCUGAUGAUGUGAGGUUUAUGCUUGGUGAGAUUAUGCAGAGAAGUGAGCAGUUGUAUUCAGGGUGAGAAGCAAAUGUACAGAUGUUCAUCAACAAUUGUUUUCUAGUCUUUGCUUGCUGGUUGAGCUCAUGCAUGUGGACUGUACAAAUGUACAUACAACUCCAACUCUAGUGCAACUAGGCUUACACUAGAUAAUGAUGCAUUUUCAAGGCUUUUGAUACUAUUCUGUAGUAAGUUUUCAUGACUCUGGGGUCCUGAAGGUUAAAUAUUAUCUUCUGAACAAUGAAAGUAAUUGCAGGAAAGGGGACAUUCGAGAGAUCUUUACAGUUGUAAGGAAGGUGAUGGAGGGUGACCAUGUGCAUUUGAAUCAUGCUGCUGAAUAUAGUUAAACCUCUUGGAGUUGUUUUAUUUACUUUUAAAGCCAUGGUAGGAUCCAGGUUGAAGGGUUUCAAAAUGUUUUGAAGUAGGCGUCAGACUCUGCAAAAGUAGCUGACUGUGAAAAGUUCAAUAAGGCCAAAAGGUAAUUAUUUUGACCACAGUAACCUGCGACCUAACCCUUAGCUGGUGGGACUCUGGUGGUUGCUGGCUUGUUUUUAAACCCCUGCAGGUCUGAAAGGCACAGUUCUAGAUAAAGGUCCUGUUGACUGCCAAAUGAAAUGUGGUGCAGUCAUGAUGGGUUGUGCUAAGAUUGUUAGUGUUUCAAAUUGCAAACUAACAAGUUCAGACUUUUUUUCACUGACUUGCACACUCUGAUGCCUAUUUCCAAUGUAGUCAAGUGUAGGAAGUGCUUUGGGAGUCACAUUUUGUGCAUUUGGCAAUUAUCCUGGUAGCCUUUGAUAGUAGAGAUUGAAGACAGAAGUCACUAAUUUGCAGCAUUACUAGGUGCAAUGUUUUGUGCACAGGUGUGAUCAUGGUCAAUGCACAGUGAAAAAAUAUUAUCUUGACUUCACUUUGAAAAAGAAAGUUUGAUAAAUACACAGUGUAGGCAGGCUCACCCUUGGGGCUUACCCAAGGUAAAAAAUCUUGAGUUCUUGACAGUUCACAUGUAGAUCUUUUCACAAUCUACACUGAAAUGCUUAUGAUUGUUUUGGAUGGGCUACCUACAUUGGUGACAUGUGUUCUCAAAUUGCUUCUCAUAUUCCUGACACCUUAUACAUCCUCUUUCUAUGCAGUAUAUCAAUUCUUAUAGUGCUGGUAGCUUUACUUCUUGGAGCUUUUUGGGGCUGAAUAAGUUUUUCCAUUUUCUAAAGAACCCAAACCUAUGUGGGUGGUGCAAUGCUUGACAAUAGCUCUGAAUUAGGCAUGUCCAGGAAAUCAAGGAACAGGUCCUCUGGGAAAAUAGAAAGACAGUAUGCUCCACUUACAUAGGAUGAAACUCUUGGACCAGCCAGCAGAAGAUGUGAUUUUCUAGCUUCAAUAGUCUCAUAUGGGCAGGAAUUGUGCAUCAAAUAGUCCACUCAUAAACAGUCAACCUCACAAGUAAUUAAAGGCAGCAGAGAAUUCAGUGUUACCAACUUGGUUGAAAAUGUAAAUUGGUCACCAUAAAGAAUAAAAAGCUGACGUUUCGAGCAUUAGCCCUUCAUCAGAGCAAUUGGACGAAGGGCCAAUGCUCAAAACAUCAGCUUUUUGACUCUUUACAGUGGCCAAUUUACGUUUUCAACCUAGUUGUUAUCACUAGAUUACCUGUUACACUCUCCCACCAAUGCAGCACCACAGUUUCUUUAGAAACUUACCCCUUUAUUCCAAUAGCAGCAGAGAUUACAUAGGCUCCAGGUUUCAUUUGAUAAGAUAUUAUGAGACUUUAUAGGACAUGAUGUGACCUGUGUUAAUGAAUAAUUGUUUUCCUAACUCCUUAGCCAAGGUGGUCUGUUUGAAGACAGAGUUCAGCACCUUCCCACCUUUUUAGAAGCUUUGUCAUCCAUCAUUGAAGAGCUGGAUGAGGUUUGUAAACUUACCCAUGGAAUUUCUUCUUUAGUAUGAGACUGUAUGUGUAGAUAAAUUUCUAUAAAUUUCUCACAACAACAUUGUUCAAAUUUUGAAGGGUGGAGCACAGCUUUAAAUCUUGGAUUACACAACAAGAUCACUUAUUGGUCAUUCUGUACCCAUGUUCGUUUCGUACUCACUUGUUUGGUAUCCAAAUGCAGUUCAUUCAAACCAAAUUUAAAGCCCAUUCAUACCCAAAUGCUGGUCCAUUUGUACCCAAACCACUGAUUGAUUCUUACCCUCCCAACAUACAUAUAUUUAAGGGUGCUUUCUUCAAUGUUCUGGACAUUGGACCACAGCCACUGAAACUUUAUGGUCUGCUGAAACUACACAAACCUGGUUUCCUGAUGCGACCUACAUUGUAUUGUUUCUUUCUGUGGUUCUCCCACAUACCAACCGUCCAAGUACCUGACAACAAUACUACAAAUACUCACUAACAAAUCCAGACAUAAACUGAAAUCCACCAAGGACUUAAUGCCACCAAGACUAUACAGAUACCUGAUGACUACAAACUAGUGUCAUUUGAUGUGAAAUCACUUUUUACAAGUAUUCCACUUCAACUGGCACCACAAUGUACUGAGACUGCAAUUUGACAAUCUACCGACCCUCUACUGCCGCCAACAGAGGACAUUAUGGACUUACUAAACCUUUGCCUUAUGUCAACUUACCUCAGUACAAUGGUAAACACUACAAAUGGUUACAUGGCACAGCUAUGGCACCUUGGGGUCUCCAGUUUCUGUUGUUGUAGCAGAAAUUGUGAUGCAGAACAUUGAAGAGAGUGCCCUUUCGGCUUGCUGGCAAAUGAUACCGCUUUGGUUACACUACAUUGAUGAAAAAUUCACCACUGUACAACAUGAAGAAAUCGAGGCAUUCCACCACCACCUAAACAGACAAAACAUUGACAUACAGUUUACCAGAGAGGUCGAAGAAAGUGCUAAACUAGCUUUCUAGACUUCCUGGUAAGCCAUGACGACAACUCACUGUGGACAACAGUUUACAGGAGACCGACACAUACCAACAGAUUACUAGACAAGUCAUCCUACAACCUGACCUCACAUAAAGCCACAACUAUCAGGACUCUCACAUGAUGAGUGCAACUAUUAUGCAACACAACAGACAGCUAAUCCAGUGAGAACAAGUACCUUGACUAUAACAGACUUCAUCUGAUGAAACACUCACUGACUCACUACUGCUACUGAAGCUAGUGACAACGCAACUUCUACGACUACAGCAACUAUACCUCACAUAAAGGGCAUAUCUGAGAACAUCUCACUCUUCCUACAACCAUUCAAUAUCCAUGUCGUUCACAAACCCAUUACCACACUGCGUCAGUUACUAACUAACAUUAAAGACCAAGACAAACUGAGGAACAGACAGGAAGCAGUUUAUAACAUCAACUGCUCUGACCGCUACACCUCCUACAUCAGUGAGACUGGCAGAAACCAGAAUGCUAUUACCACUUGUGAUUGAGUAUAGUAUAUCUGCAGGUUUACAUUUUGAUAGAAAACAAAAGAUUGGUACUCAAUUUAGUUCUAUGAUUUCUUAAUAUUUGACACAUGAGCAAUAUAAACAUUACAUGUAGGUUGCAAAGUAGGUUAAUUUAGGAUGGAUUAAAAGUAUACAUGGUUAUGAAAUGACUGGUAAUCCAUGAUUAUAACAGUUACAUGUCCUACAUUUGUGUUGGGAAUUCACUUUUUGCGAUUAAGUUAUCACAAACCAUGCAUAAAAUGACUUGCUCAAUUGGGUAGUUUUCCUGUGGUUGUAAAAUGUAUCAACCAAGCUUCAAUCUCUGAAGAACAAAUGGAUCAAUUGUUCCCCAAAUAGAAGGCACUUUUCUGCUACAUGAACAAGCAGUCUAAAAUCUCCCUUUGUAAUCACAGGGUCUGAAAUAGAGAAACUUUCAAAGUACUGUUUUAUGAACUUUGCAUUGCCUUGGUUUUUGUUUACUUUGCUCUGUAAUUGGUCAAGAAACCUUUGCCAGUUUCUCAGCCAACAAGAAACUGUAACUUAUAACCAACUACUUUUACCCCUACUUCUGACAAUUUUCUUGUUUUUGUUUUUUGUUUUAGUUCCCAUUGCAUUGCUCCAUAUGAUAUUUUCCUGUUUUGAUUGACUGUUGUGUUUACUUUGGCUUUAGUUUUAUGACACUCAAUAAAAAAGGGUGCUAAUUGCCAAUCAACAUACAUAUGUCUUGAAACAAUUUGUUAGAAUUGGUUCUCAAACUCAUUAAUAAUUCAUGCUGAGAAAACAAAGGAAAUUACAACCUUGAAGGAGGUUUGGAUACGUGAUCUUAAUUAUCAUAAAAUUUGAUGAACUUUUGCUUUGAUUUUCUCCAAGAAUUAUCAUUGGUUUGAGAAGCUAUAACAAACAUUUGAAAGGGUGCUUCAUCUGAUAUCCAAACACCCUGAAGUUGGUUAAAAAAAACUCAGCUGUGUCAUUUUUUCAACCACUUCUUGGUGUUUAGAUAUCAGAUGAAACACUCUUCCUCGUGUUUGAUAUAUUACAUCAAACCACCUAACUACUAGAGAUGUGGCUUGGUCAUUUACACUUAUGAAUAAUAAAAAAGGGAGGUCUGUAUUUGAACCUAUUGGGUCAAUUGCAAGGUUACACCUAAAAGAUUCUUCAGUUUCCUACAUGCUGUACAUGGAUAUUUAUGGUACUCUUACUUGGUACUUUUCACAUUCUAUGAUCAGAUCUCUGACUCCAUCCUUGCAUCCAUGGAAAGACUAGUUGGAGUUUUGUUCGACAAGUUUGCAAUAUUGAAUACAAGAGGAAAAUUUCUUUGCUGUAAGGCCUUUGUAAGGGUACUUUUCCACCUCUCAUCCAAAGGUGCAGUUCUCAGGAGUUUUCUUUCAGAAAUAGGUAUGUGUAUGAGAAUAUGCACAGAAGUGAUUAAAUGUACUGUGUUUAGGUUGUUUCACUUAUCCUUAAGUGCUCUAUGCUCAGAUGGAGGAUGGUACCUCGAAUUUCACACAUUAAGUGAUCAUCAGCAAAAUAAUCUUUCACUCAUCUGGGAUUCAAAUGUACACUGUAUUGAUCACCUCUCAUUCAAAGAUGACUCUUUACUUUUCACUUUCUACAGUUUACCAAGGUCUCAUCAGAACUUGUUCACAUCCAGUUAUUCUGGACGAGGUUUGUCAGAAGUGUAAAUGAUAAGUUAUUUUAUUCUGGAUGAUAAAACAUAUAGCCAGUGGUGGUAUAGCAAGUUGUUAUAUCACUUUGCAUACAAGUAAAAAUGGUUCAAUUUCUUCAAUUGAUCAUCUGCUAGCCAGCUUUAGUCUGGUACUGAUUGUUUGGAAAAAAUGUUUGCAAAAUGAGAACUUUUAAGCUACCUAGAAGGUUAAUGGAUGUUAUGCAAUCUUUUCCAUCAUUUGUCUGAGAACCAUGGUAGUUUCUCACAAAGAGUGCAUGUAAAAGAACUUUGAAAGCACACAGAGAAAUAGAUAACUAGAGUAGAAAAGGAACUUAAUGUAUGCCCCGCUAUGUGCUGAUGUAGGGCUAGUGGAUUAUAUCCCUACUUUUUGAGGACAAGAGUUUGAAGGGAGGGUCCUUUUGGAUAGAAAGGCAUUUCAAUUCAAAUUGAUUGGAUAGUAACUGAAGUCGAUUUGAUUCAUCAAUAGAGUUUGACUUGAUACACAUCGAAAGUUGUUUCAACACAGUCUCAAUCAUUUUGAUUCAAACUGUUGAGGGAUAAAUUUGAAGGGUUUCAACUGUUCACCAGUCUAAUAAAAGGAGUUUACGAUAUUGCAUCUCUGAAGUGGAGAACACAUUAGCAUGCAUGAAUCAAGAGAGGGAUAAGAAAGGUGUACAUGUAAGUGCAAUGUCAGACUUGCUAGAUUAUUCCUAUUGAAUGUUCAUUUAAAAUCACCAGAGCAAGUCUCAACAAUAUGUGAGGUGGCUCGGCGGCCUCUUGGGUCUCCUCGCCUUCUAGCCAUAACUGUUGUAAAUAAAUUCUUUGUAUUGUGUAAAUAAGGCAAAUGAAAGAUGAUGAUGAUGAAUAUAAUUUGACCAAGUUCAAUCUAAAGCGUGGACUAUGUGACUACUCUCAUGCAAUUAUUGCAUGCACUUUUUCGUGCUUCCUGAGUUCAGUUUUUAUUUAUCAUCCAGAUAUCCAAACAUCCAUUUCUUGUUCACUAGUUUAUUGAAAUGCAUGAAGUUGUAUGGACUGAAAUGACUUUCUGUAUCAAAUUGAAUUCAGUUGGUAUCAAAUUUACUUGAUUCCAAACCACUUUGUAUCUUAAUGCUUGGAAACUGGGAAACUUCCUGAGGAGUGGGUUGCCUUAUUCUUAUUUUGGUAGUGUUUUUGAGAGGGAACCUAGAAGAGGGAAGGAAAAGUACCAAUUUUGACACUGCUCUCACCUGACUGAGGCAAGUGUCUGGGUUGACACUGUACAUAUUGUAUCUAACAUAGGUGAAUACACCCUUGAUUUAUUUAAAGGUGAAUGAAGAAAAUGCAAUAACAGAAGAAAGAGAGGCAUAUGAAGGGUCAACUCCUAAGACAUCUCUCAAAGAUUACCUAGAGUUGUGGGAAUAUCUCCUUGACAAGGAUAAGUUAAAGGUAUGUUAUGUUUUUUGUCACUGUUUUAAAACAAUUGCCAGUUAGCAAACACUGAAUCAAUCCAGUACAGUCAUAUGGUGAUUCUAUAAAAUUUUUUGGUUUUGCUUGUAUUUCCAAAGUCCCUGUGGACUGUCUGUACAAACAUGACUUUUUUGUUGAUAUACUGAAAUUAAGAUGCUGUUGACUUGUUUAGGACAAAAGCCUGAUUGUGAAGCAAGUUGAGGAAUAUGAAGUCAUUCAUGGACUAGUGUAUGAUGAAAUGAUUAAGGGGAUCCUUCGUAUUAUUCAUAAACUGGAUUUGUCUUCUAGCAAGGUAUCUUCAGCACAAGAGGUGAAACUUUUUUAACAGGGAAAUACACCACACAAGCUUGCAGUAGUGUUAAUGAACUGUCAAAAAUUACUCAUAACUAUCUGAUUCACUCCGAAAAAGUGCACUUGUUAAAUGGAGAAAUUCCAAAUGCAAAUCUUCUUUUUUAAAAGUUACUCCAAAUCUUUGUGGUGCCAUUGGGGAAAUAAUCUGUACACUCACUGUGUCUAAGCUAGGAAACCACCACAGUUUAUAUAUUGGUGGAAAAGUCAUUAAAUACAGAAUUCAAUAAAAUUAUGAUUUUUUUCCUGUUCUAACGUUGUUUGUUAGAUCUGGAAAAAAGGCAACAAAGUUUUCCUUUUCAUGCAUCGUUCAGUUAAUUUUUUCUGCAUGUUUUCAUGAAGUUUAGUCAAAUCUGGCUCACUCUGUGAGCCUCUAGCCAAUAAUUUUGCAAAACCCCUGAAUUUCACAAUGUGCAGGAAGGCACUUUUCAGGAAAGUGACAGUUCUCCAUUAUGUUUUCUGCAGUUACCCUCUUGUUUUGUCCAGCUUGUUUUAAGUAGUUAUGUUUCAUCAUUAGAAAGUUACUUCUUUGUUGUUGGCCAAAAAAAGUGCCCUUUGGACGAUUAUGACACAUGAAAAGUCUAUUAACUUUUCUGCAGUGGUAAAUAUGUUUUUCUCAAUAACCAGUGCAUAACUUAUAAUUUUGGAAAAUGAGAGUUAAGGUAAUUAUCUUUAUUUUGAUUGAAAAGAAAUAGCUCUACGAAGGUUUGGAGCAACCCCUUUAAGGGAUCAAAUAAAAACCAAAAUCACAAAUAUUCAAUAUGUGAAUUUGUAACUUGCAUUGUGGUAAAACCUGAAGCUUAUAAUGAUAUAGUUCAUCAGUAGAUGUCUUACUAAUGUUUUUUUUCUUUUAAAGCAAAUCAGUGCUCAUUCUUAAGAAAAUGAUCUGACUUCAAUCUCAAAUGUGUUAAAGUAGUUUAUGGUAUAGUAAUGGUGCAGUAGAGGAAGCAAGGAAGGAAGUCAAUAAAAAAUCUAAGGGACAGAACAAGAAAAACAAUUCAAAUGGCAGUUUAAAUUUUGAUCAUUUGACCUUGGACCUUGUAAUGCAUUGUAAAUUAAAAAUAGAAUAUCUUAAUUAUGUUACCUUAUUUUCUUUUAACACUUGUUCUUUGUUCGUUUCAUAAGGGAGAUGUUCUUGAUAGGAGUUCUGCCAGUGAUGCUCCUGCACCUGCUACAGAGGACAAAGAAGUGUCUCUGUCUGACCCAGUGGCAGGACUCCAACCUAAAGUGGCCAAGGACUUCAUGAUAUUCAUUAGUCUGAUAGAGUUCUGCAGGUGAAGGGUCCAGGGCAAACUUCAGAAUAAGUAGAUUUUUAAUGAAUUAUGUUGCUAGCUCUUUUGCUGAACUGCCAUGGAGGAGGUCAAGGGUUGGAGCCCCAGACUGGACCAACACAUAGGGUUGUAAAUAGCUGAAGACAAAGUGCUGCUUUUGUUAUUACAUCUGCCAAUGGUGAGACAUUCUAGUCCUUUUGGAUGAGGACUAAAAACCCUAGACCCUGUCUCCUGCAUCUUCUCUGUACCAGUGGCAGGGGAAAUUAAAGAACAUGGGGAACAUAGCUCCUAGUUAUGGGAUCUGGCCUUGUUUCCAAAAAGUCCCAAAUCCAGGGCACCUGCAAAAAUUCCCUUAAAAAAUUCUGAAACUGUGCAUCUAUGCAGACUGGCCAAAGACCCCCACAAAUUGUUGUAAAGCACAUUAGAGCAUAUUUGUAUGGAGCAUGGGCUAUAUAAAUGGAUCAGUACAACUAUCAUUGAAAUAAUGCUUUAAUUUGACAUUUCUAUUGUUACUGUUAGAGUAUAGGAAAACAUUGAGUUUCAGGAUGGAAAAGGAAGUGAUGUGAUGUUACUGUACAUACAUGUAAUCAGCUAGAACACUAAGUUUCCAACAAUUUUUGAUCCCUAUUUAUAUGAUUCUAAUAAUGUCUUGAUUUUAAGGUGUGUUCUUCCCAACUAUUGUGUUACACUAUUUGAAAGAUGGAUAAACAUGUUUUGCAGAGACAUCAUUAUCAUGUCUUCAAGGUGGGUUCAGUGGUUAGGAUCUCCUUUGUUGUGUUGUUACUUGUACUAUUUAUAUGUUUGUGUGCCUGUUGCUUUUGUAUCUAGUCUUGUCAUAAUAAUAUUGUAUAGAAUAGAAACACUCUGUUGGUCCAUAUUAGUUAUUUUAAUAUUUUUGGUUAAAUUAUGAAUCAAAGUUAAUAAAAACAAUAAAAAAACAACUUGUAAUAACCUAUACAGUGAAGAGAAACACUUUUUUUUUUUACUUUUAAAUCAGUAGCCAUUCAUAUUCAACUCAGUUGGGAGCAGGCAACUGUGUCAUAACUUCAAGAAAUUGUUGAAGUUACAUGUAUGCAUGCUUUUUAUUUAAUUUUCUGUUGUUUUUUGUUCUUUAGGUUCCCUGUAGUCAGUGGAUUCUACAAGUUGUUGGAAGUUUGCAUGAAGAUGUGUGAAAAAUUGUCUUUCUUCAAGGCAAGGUCCUAUAUUUCCUUAACUUAGCUGAUCUUAUUUUGUUGAAACCUGAGCUUUUUCUUUUUUGAAAAGAGUUUUAAGUCAUGUUAUGAUUGAAGAAUUUUUCCUUUGCAUCUACAUCCUGUAUGUCAUGGCAGAAUCAAUGUAGAGUUUUUACCAAGGCCUGUAAACAUUUGCAGUGGGAGUUUGGAAUGACAAGAAGUUAUGCAUAUAAGUUGUGUGCAUAACAUGCUUGGGCCACAUGCAUUGAGGCAAAUCAAAGUGCAUAGUUUGAAUAUUCAAAAUUUUUUUUGAUUUGAAGAUUACAGAAAAUUCCCUGCAUUUACUUCAUUAUCUACAAUUUUUCAAAAUAAUCUAACAAGUUCAUGGCUGUGACAUCUAGUCUCGCAGUUUGAUUGGUUCAGAAGCUCC